AUGGCCGUUGCAGAGCGCUUUCGAGUGGCUGUAUCACAGGAUGGAAUUCGACUAGCGCUAACUCUAUUAGCAGAAUGUGACGCUGAUCUUCACCAAGCACGACAAAAGCUGGUGAAAGGAUGGAGCAUGGAGCGAAAGUCUGAGGACCUCACAGCUAUUUUCCGGCGGUGGUUUCCGCUAUACAAACCCAAUGGAAGACGAAAGGAUGGCGAAGAGGAAGAAGCGCGUGCUGUGUUCUUCGAUACUGCGAUGGCGACUUGGCUGCAGAUUGCACAAGACUUACGACUCUUUACAGCUCUCAAGAGAUACGAUUCACAGAUAUGGCAGAGACGAGUUUGCCCCUCACCUGCGUCUAUAGGUGAAAUUUGUGUGCACAUUACGUCGCUCGAAGGAUAUCUACGACUACCACACCUCAGUGUGUAA